AUGGUACUUUUUCUCGACCUAAAUGGAAAAAACAUUGUUACGAAUAGGUUUAUAGUUGAUAUAACGAAAGAAAUAUGGAAGAAAAAAAAGAUUUCGCAUCUUCAAGAAUUUAUUAAAAAUGCUAAAAAAAACGCUUUCGAAAAAAUUGACGCAUGCGAGCUCAACAUAUGGAAAGUUGCUAUUCACGUUAAGGUCCCUCGCGAGGCAUUACGCAAGCGUCUCAAGCUAUUUUUACUUAUGAAUAUCAUAAAUAUUCUUGUUCAAUUUAUUGGUGAACAACCAGACACACUUCUUGAAUCACUUUCAAGAUUCCGGACGGCCUUCCGAACAUGGGCGUCAAACGAAUCAAGAGACCUUACGUUAAAAUGGCAUGCCAACGUUGCAGAAAAAUCAAUCGCAAAUGUCAUGAAUAAUGGCGGCAUGUCAACGUUGCAGAAAAAUCAAUUGCAAUGUUAUGAAUCGCAUCUAUCUACUCCGGCCAAGAGAGGAAGGCCUCCUAAAAAAGAUUCUAAGAAAUCUGAUGUUGACAUAGCAUUAUAA